CGUUGCUCGCUGCUCUCCGCCGCCGACGCCACUUCCGCCGGCGGAGGGGAACGGGAAGUCCCCGAGAGAGCCGGAGAAGGCCGUCACUCCGCCCAGCGCCGGACAAGGAAGCCCCCAGGAUGCUGGGCUCUGGCUUCAAGGCCGAGCGCCUGCGCGUCAACCUCCGCCUCGUCAUCAACCGGCUGAAGCUGCUGGAGAAGAAGAAGACGGAAUUAGCCCAAAAGGCCCGGAAGGAGAUUGCGGACUACCUCUCGGCCGGGAAGGAUGAGCGCGCCCGCAUCCGGGUGGAGCACAUCAUCCGGGAGGACUACCUGGUGGAGGCCAUGGAGAUCCUGGAGCUCUACUGUGACCUGCUUCUUGCCCGCUUCGGUCUCAUACACUCCAUGAAGGAGCUGGACUCUGGCCUGGCGGAAGCCAUCUCCACCCUCAUCUGGGCAGCUCCCCGGCUCCAGUCAGAAGUGGCGGAGCUCAAGAUUGUGGCGGACCAGCUGUGUGCCAAGUACAGCAAAGAGUACGGGAAGCUCUGCCGCACCAACCAAAUUGGGACCGUCAACGACAGGUUGAUGCACAAGCUGAGUGUUGAGGCCCCUCCCAAAAUCCUGGUGGAGAGGUACCUGAUUGAGAUUGCAAAGAACUACAGCGUGCCCUACGAGCCGGACUCCGUGGUCUUGGCUGAGGCCCCUGCAGAUGCGGAGAGCGACCUGAUUGACGUGGGAUUCGUGGAUGACCCAAAGAGAGGGGGCCGGGGCGGAGGGGGCGGGGGAGGCUUUGCAGCCCCGUUGGUCGGCCCCGAUGGAGUUGCACCCAUGCCUUUGCCCAUGCCAAUGCCCAUGCCCUCUCCGGCUCCUCCGUUCUCCUUCCCAGCCCCAAGGGGACCACCGCAGGAGAACUUCAACGGACUCCCUGUGGGCACCUACCAGCCAUUCACCGGCCUUCGCCCUCCGCAGAUUCCAGCCACUCCACCCACCUACGAAUCUAUUGACGAUAUAGGUGUUGACAAGAAUGUGCCACCACCACAGGUGACAGGCCCCAGCCCCAAGCCAGCCCCCCGAGCGCGGCCCCCAGCCUCUGCACCCACUUCAGGGGAUAACUUUGUGCUGCCGGAGCUGCCUUCAGUGCCAGACACCCUUCCCGCUGCUUCUGCCGGCUCGGCCUCCGAAGACAUAGACUUCGACGAUCUCUCCCGGAGGUUUGAGGAGCUGAAGAAAAAGACCUAAGAGGGAGCUGAGCGGUGCGGACUGGCCCUUCUUCCUUCUCGACAGGGCUCUCUCCUCUUCCUCUCUUCUUCUGGCGUUUCCCUGCUCUUCUUAACACCCAGCGCCAUCUCUGCACUCCCUCUGCUUCUCUGAUUCCUGCUGCUUUGGCUCUCGAAGAUGGAGCAGGAGUCACCUCCAAGCCCCGGGCAAACUGUGCUCUCUGGGAGAAGGCGGCUGGGGAGGCCUAGCAGCUUGGUGAACGGAUGCCUGCCCUCGCUCUCUCUCCGUGGCCUGAGGCUAUGCUGCUGCUGCUGCGGAGGAGGGGGCGGGGAGCUGCCUUGGGGCCCCUGCUGCAUUCUCAGGGAGCCCUCCGGGGCCUUUAGGACUUUUCUGUGGGGAAGGGAGCUGGGGAACGGGGCUCCCACCCUGUCGUCUCCUCUGGGGUUGGGGCUCUUGCUGCUUGGUGUACUUUAGGGGGGGCAGGCACAUUUUCCCGCCUCAGAGGGCCCUGGCGCUGCCUUAAUGGGACCCCAGGAGUCCCCCCUCUCUCCAGGGUCCUCCCCCCUCAUCUCCUGCUCCUUCCCGCCCCGUCCCCAGCCUCAUCUUGGGCUGGUUUUGUGGCUGUGGCUCCACUCGUGCUGCUUGGUUCCCUGUGGCCCGGCCUGCGCAGAGGCCCAGUCGGGGAUGGCAGCCUUUCCUCCCCUGUAUGAUAACACAUCGUAUGUAACCAUUUCACAAGGCUUUUCUGAGACAAUUUGGUGGGUUUGUACCUUCUCUGUUGAUUCUAAAUAAAGUCAAGGAAUCAUU